UUUCAUUUACAAUCCCAGGCUAAACGGUCACAUUAUUGUUUUCAGACCAAAAAUUUAGCAUCAAAAAAUGCAUUUAAAUAAAUAUAGUGAGCUAAUGGAGCGACUUGAAAGCGAGGAACUGGAGCAAGUCGAAUUGGGAGUUGAAGUCUACCAGCAAUUACUGGCAAUUUAUCUCUAUCAAAACAAACUGGCUGAUGCCAAGUUGCUGUGGAUGCGAAUUCCGAAUAAAUUAAAGGAGGACAAAGAACUGAUCCAGCUUAACCUGCUCAAUCAGGCAUUGCAGAACAAUAAUUAUGCCGAUUUCUUCAAAAACAUCAAGUACGAGUGGUCCGAAAGGGUUAAAUCACCUGUUGAAGAUCUCUUGAUUAAACAACGCGAGGAGCUGUUCAAACUGAUGGGCACCGCCUAUGUGUCCAUCUACCAGCAUAAUCUGUUAGAAAUGUCUCUGAUGUCGGAGGACGAACUGAAGAAAGCCUAUACGGCCUUAAAUUGGACUGAAGAACUGGAUGGCGACCGGGUGAUCCUUAAACCCAAGGUCCAGGAAGCGCCGCCCAGUCGCGCAAACGAUGAUCAGUUGCUCAAGCUGACCGAGUUUGUAACCUUCCUAGAAAAUUAAGCAUAAAUAAAGUUGAGUCAAUUUAA